CCCCUACUGCCGGCGGAGGGCAUUCCCCCUGCCCCUCGCGGCAGAGCAAGAAAGGGUGAGGCGAAGUCGGGCGCAGCGGAGCGCCCUCGGGUCCCUCUGAGGGCUGGGGAGCUGCGACGGAGGCAGCCGCGUUUCAAGAGGCGCAGCAAGUGAACGAUGCACUGGGAGCCAAAGAUGCCUGAGCCUGGAAACAGCCGCUGACAGGAUGUUUGCUGUCCACCACCCCAAUGCUUCUCAGGCACCUGCCGUUCAUCUAGUGAACAGUUCCUCCUUGGGCCAUACAGAGCUGGUGAAGACUCCACCAAGUGCCUCUUCCCCUGCUGCCCCCAUCUUCUCUAUGACCUUGGGGGCAGUCUCCAAUAUCGUGGCCCUGGUGAUCCUAGUGCAGUCCUACACCCGCUUUCGGCGCCGCUCCAAGGCCACGUUCCUGCUUUUUGCCAGCAGCUUGGUUAUCACCGACCUAGCAGGUCAUGUCAUCCCAGGCUCCUUCGUGUUGCAACUUUAUGCCACGCAGCGUGGCUGGGCAGCCAUGGACCCCUCCAGAGCUCUCUGCCAGUUCUUUGGUGCUUCCAUGGUAUUCUUUGGACUAUGCCCACUCUUUCUGGGCUUCAUGAUGGCAGUGGAGCGCUGCAUGGGCAUCACCCGUCCUCUGCUGCAUGCUGCAGUGGUCACUCCAGGCCGAACAAAGCUUUCCUUGCUAGGGCUGUGGACAACUGCUCUUGCCAUUGCCCUGAUGCCUCUCUUCAGCUUUGGGAGCUACGUUGUCCAGGCACCGGACACUUGGUGUUUUAUCAAGGUGCGAGGGGCAGAAGCAUGGCCUGAGAUAGUUUUUGCCCUGCUCUUCUCUUUUUUGGGAUUGGCCUCCCUGGUGGCCUCUCUCGUCUGCAACACAUUCAGUGGACUCAUUCUGGUGCGAGCCCGUCUCCGUGGUCAGCGAAAAUGCGGUCGGCGGAGGGCCAAGGCUCAUGACAUUGAAAUGGUUGUGCAGCUUGUGGGCAUCAUGAUGGUCUCCUGUAUUUGCUGGAGUCCAUUAUUGGUCAUUGUCAUCUUAUCAGUGAGCAACUCUCAGGCCGCCCUGAAUUACGAUCAGCUGCUAUUCCUUGGUGUGCGGCUGGCCUCCUGGAACCAGAUCCUGGACCCUUGGGUGUACAUAUUGCUGCGGCGUGCAGUGCUGCGCAAGCUCCUGGCUCUGCUUCUGAGGCGCCCUGAUGUCAAAACAGCUCAUUUUGACCGCUGGGAGGCCAGCUCCUUCCAGAGCUCUGAGCGCAGUGUUGCUGCUGGUCGCAUCUAGUAUUGGGUGGAGCGAGCAAGCGUUGCCCUACUUGAAAGCACUUUGAACCUUCCUGGAGUUCAGAAUCCAGGUACCUUGGCUGCUGCUGGUGUAGGUGAUACAACAGAUAAAUUGGCAGUUGCAAAUCUUGGCACCAGGUAAGAGGUUCAAGAUUUUGGAGCAGCCUCCUGCCUGUUUGUGGCUUUCUUAUGAGAGAGUGUGAGUUGCAGGAUCUUCUUGGAAGACAUAUUAAUAAUGACAGUUCUUUGGGGGAGGGAGUCGGGGACGUCCACAGAUAAGGUAAGGGAGAGCAAAUAUAUCAUGAUGCCCAUGACUUCUUUUUGACCAAGUGGCUUCUAAUGGACCUCUAUGGAGGGGACCUUUGCUCACUGAUAAAGAACGCCUUAUACAUCCCUGAUACUUCCAAUAAAGCAGAACUGAGAAAGGCCUCUGUGUCUGCUCCUGGACAGUCAUCAGUAUCAAAAGGAGACAAUUCUUGACCCGGUAAAUGAAAGC